AUUACUGAAGUUGAACUAGCAAAAGUUAUUUUUUUUUAAUUUGGAGAGUAUUUCUAACUAAAUGUUUUUAUUUAUUUUCGUGUGCUGUGCUAUGAAAAACAUUAAUGCGUUUUAGCUAAUUAAAGACAUGUGUUUGAACGUGGAACCAAUCUUCGUACUAUAUGAUCCAAAAGAUUGUAGUUGAAUCGUCAAGGAUUACAAACUUGCUACGGUUUUCCACAUUUCAGCAUAAUUAAAGAUGUUUGCAAGUCUAAAGAGUAAAAUAAAGGAAGAAACUGGUAGUGACAUUAGCAAGAUAACUAGUAGCUGGCGAAGUGGGGCCUUUCUUGGACGAAUUUCACUAAGGGAUGAUUCUUCUACAACAACAAGUCCAUCAAGUUCUGGUGGACCUGGAGACACUACAUCAGAUUCAAUAUCUCCACACCUUCAUGCAUACCUGUCGGAUCGCACUGCCGGUGAGGUAGACCAGGCAGCACUCCAGCAGCAAUAUGUUGACCAGCUAGAAACUAAAUUAAAAGAUAGGGAUUUAUACUGGGAGCAGAAAAUUGAGGAGAUAAAAUUAUCUUUGGCAUCUGUACAAGGCGAAGAAGCACUCGCUGCCCAGGCCGUGGCGCGGACAGCUCAAGCGGAGGCUGCGAAAGCCAUUACGGCGCGGGAUGCAGCUGAAAAACAACUCAACGAACUGAGAACCAGGCUGGCUGCUGCUGAGAAUGCGCAGGACAAACUCUACGCUCUUACUGAAGAGGUAGAACAAAGCCGUCGCGAGUGGGCGCGUGAGCGUAUUGAGUUGACUGCGGCACUGGGCGCCGCAGAUGCACGCACUCGGGACCUGGCCGAUCAGCUUGAAUUGCUCAAGGCUGCUCUGCCGCCUGAGAACCCUCAUCAUCACAUGCACGACGACGACAAGCGAGAAGUGAAACCGACCGGUUGCGCGGAGUUUGACCGCCUGUGCCGCGAGAGGGCGGUUCUCACACGUCAGCUGCAGGAAGCCAAGAUGGCGUUGGCAGACGUCAAGACGUCGUGGAGCGGGCAGAUCGCGACCUUAGAAACACAGGUGGCGCGAGUAUCUCGACAAGCAGGUGAAGAGGGAACGGAGAGACGGAGAAUCGAGUCUGAAAAAAAGGAAUUACAGGAAAAAUUGGCCAGUAUGGCAACUGAGUUGGAUAAAACAAAACAGAACCUCGCCAAUAGUGAAGCUAAGGUGGCGCGGCUCAAUGCGGAGGUGCUGGCCCAAGCGCGUGACCUGAAAGCGAUCCGCGCUUCCGAGGAGCGGACCGCCGAAAUGACUGCUGAGUUUGAAAAACGCAUUGAGGCGCUUACUGAAGAAAACAGGGAAUUGGCAGAGGCGUUGGAAAACGAAAGGACUCUCGUGAAAAUACUUCACGAGAAAGUGGACAAGUCGAACAGGUUGUACGACGAACAGAAAGCCGAGGUGAACCAACUGAACUCUGUGAUGACUGACAUGCAACAUGACUACAUCGAUAUACAGCGGAAAUUAGACAAGGAGAAACGGGAAAAGGACGAAGCUCUUCUGCGGAACGCACACAUGUCUCAGAACAUGGAGAUGAGUCAGUGCAAUAUUCGCUACUUUGAGACUGAAAUCGUUGAUCUGAGAGCUAAUAUCACUGAGUUGGAGGCCGUUAUUGCACAGCAUAAAGAGAAUCAAGCCGAAUGUAUGAUAAUUAAGGAGAAUGAGGCAGCAAGAACUAAAGAAAUUGAGCAGCUGCAGAGGCGUAUAGAAUCCUUUGCCGAAACCGAGAAUUCCCUUAGAAAAUCCAUACAAGACUUAGAAACUGAAAUCUGUGAUAAAAAUAAGAAAAUAAAAACAUUAGACAAUAGGAUAGCAGACAUGAAGAAAACCUUACAGAGAGAGCUACAGAGCAGUAAAUCGGACCUCAGCUCCGCUGAAGAACAAGAUAUCAGCAGACGAUAUCUAAAGCACGUGGUACUUCGUUUCCUUACUGCCCGAGAGUUAGAGGCGCGACAACUGACUCGAGCGCUAGCGGUGCUGUUACGUCUGUCCGCGCACGAGGAGGCGUUAUUACGAGCGGCAUUGCCUGGGAGGACCGGACUCUCCGCGUGGUUCCCCUCCCUCAACACUUGAUCCAACGCCUCGUACUGACCAUUUACCCUCUUAUCAUGAUGAAAUUUGGCAUGCACUACUUUUUCCACGCGGACGGAAACGUUAUGUUAUAUUUGGUGUGUUCAUGAGGCUGAGAACAAACAGCACUGAAUUUUUUUUCAGUAUUUGUUUUCUUCAUCAAGUAUGAAAAUAUUAUUGAUUUUAUAUAGGCACCCAGUCUUAGGACUUAUAUUGUUGUUCAUAUUGUUAAAGGUUAUUUUAAGAGCUCGCGCACACUAGGUGUUUCUGCACUACAAAUCAAAAAUUAUACUAUAGUAUUUUAUGCCCUGCUGUCAAUGGGAUGCUUGCACUAUACAAAGUAUAAAAAAAGCACAACCGCACUAAAAGUACGCGAGCCUUUAAAACACAUCAUUCGAUAAAUAUAAGCAUCUAACCAUUCGCAACUUUUCAAUAUCCCACUGCUGGGCCUUCUUCGUAGGAUAUAACACAUUAUAUUGUUUAUAUUAUGUUCGUAACCCUCAGGACAUAAGCAAAAGCAAAACUUAAAAUAAACAAUGGAAUUGCCCUCACAAAUAUCCAUUGGAAUAAAUUGAUAGGGCCAAUUCAUACUUAGCUUUAUAAAUAUCACUAGUUAUUAGAGAACAACAUUCAGUUGUAAUGGAAUUGAAAUACACCGAUGAAUAUAUCUAUUUAGCUAAGUUAUCAGUGAUCGGAACAGGUGAGGUAUAAAUAACUAAAGUUCACAAGAAGCUAACGUCAUCUUGGCCUAUAACUUUCCAUUGCUGGACUAAAGAUUUCUCCCAACGUGAGGGUUUGCGCAUAAUAGCCACGCUGGGCAGACGCGUUGGUGAUAGCAAUGGAUGCCAGUUCUCCUUUAUAUUCCCUUAGUCGCCUCGUACGAUACUGGUGGGGAGAGGAGGUGUGGUAACAGCUGUAUUCUGAUCUGCCAAAUUUCAAAUUCAUAAUUUCUUUAUUCAUGUAGGCCUAUCGCAGGCACUUAUG